AAAGAAUUGUUCCCCUCUAUCUCCAUGAGACCUCUGACAGCCAUCCACCUGUCGACCCACGCGUCCCUUCCCUUCCCUUCCCCACUUCCCUCUCGUACCUUCUCACUGCUGCACGUAGCUUCUCCAUCCUACGGGUCGCCUCCUCCUUGCCGCCACAGUCCCACCGUACCCCUUCUUUAUAAAAUAUGAAUAACUACGCCACAACACGACGACGAGGUCGACCUAACAGAACGCAACCGAGGGAAGCAAAACAGGUUGGAAGAGACCAGCUUCAGCGUGCUAGCUUAUCGGAGUCGUCAGAAUCAAUCAAUCGGAAGAUGGCGAGCGACGAGUUUCGGUUGGUGUCGCUGGCGAUCAACCACGAGGGGCGCCUUCCCAGGAAGUUCACCGACGAGGGGCAGGGGGCGCUCAAGAACGUGUCCCCGCCGCUCGAGUGGUACAACGUUCCUGAUGGGACCGAAUCCCUGGCCCUGGUCGUGCAGGACAUCGACGCCCCCGACCCGAGCAGCCCCAUCGUGCCAUGGACCUGCUGGGUCGUCGCGAACAUCCCGCCCAACCCCAAGGGCUUCCCAGAGGGCUUCUCCGGGAAGGGGGAGAAGGCGGGCAAGGACUACGCAGGGAUCCAGGAGGGCUACAACGACAACAAGGUCCCCGGGUGGCGGGGCCCGGUGCUGCCCAACCACGGGCACCGGUUCGAGUUCAAGCUCUACGCCCUGGACUCCAUGCUUCACUUGGGUCACAAGGUGACCAAGGAGAAAUUGCUGGAGGCCAUAGAUGGGCAUGUCCUCGGGGAAGCCGUUCUGAUCGCAAGAUUCUGAUUUCUGACUUUUUUUUCCGGCUACGGGCAGUGUUAGUUUUAACGUUGAUCGGAGGAUGGGUGCAGUCUGUAGAAUUCCGGAUAUUGUAAGGCUUGAUGAAUAAUAAUUCUGAUUACUAGCAUAUUCUCUCAUUUUGUCUCUGUCAUUCCAUUGGGUAGGGCAUGGAACAGAACCGGAAGUGGAACUGGUGAAAAAAGAUUUCCUAUUGGCAUCACGAAAUGUUUGACGAUAUGUAAAAGAAGAUUUUCCAUUGGCAUUCGGAUAUGUUUGACAUAUGGUUUAAUGAGCAACAUUUGUUGCUCGAACGAUUGCACCA